CUAUUUCCGGGACACUUUCUUCCACUUCCUAGCAACGCUCCUUGGAAACGGUGUGGGGAAGAGCGCACUUGGUGGCGGGUUAUCAUCAAUAACCACAACAUGGACCCUCAAGAGAGAGGGAUGGCAUCUUCUCAUGUACCAGUGGAGGACGAUGUGCGCCAGUCUGUUGGAGAACCAUCCCUAAACCCGAUGGGAGUCCAAAGUACUAGCAGUGCCAACCAGGUUAAAAAACAGUCCAGACUGGAAACAGAUGGCAGGGCUCUGCUGGGGGCAGACGCUGUGCAGCUGGAAUUUCAGAACAGUAACUUGUCUCCAGCCCUUCCCCUGUUGCCUGUAACCUCUGGAGUCGAACACACCUUCACUGAACAUUCGUUAUUCCAACAAAGUGAUACAGAAUUAGUUCCUUUAAGGGCAUACCCUGAUAAUUCCAUGGCAUCGGAGAGGUUUCAACUUCCACCCCAGGACUGUACCACAUACUCCUCUGAGUGUAGCUCUUUGUCCCAACAUCCUUUGGCUCAGGCAACCAUCCUCUCUGAAGAAGGAGCAGUCAGCAGCUGCUCUCAGCACAGUUUAUCACCAGGGAACCAAGGCAACCCCCCUAUGAUUGCCAGUACCCAUGAUAGACAGGGAAUACUAUCAAAAGAAGGUAGCAUAGAGAAGAACUUGGAGACACAAGGUUACUGUAGAGACAAACUUGUCAACAAGGCUGCUGAAGAUGAGACUUUCUUUCUGAGUAAGGAUGUUCCUGCCCAGCAUCUUUUGAAGCUUUUACAAAAAGAAGUUGGCAUGCCAAGCAGUAGUAGCAGCGCUGUGUCUUCUGCCUCUGAGACCUCUGUGAAGAAAACGGCUUCUUAUCUGAAAGAGUCUAAAAGCACAAAAGUUUGCAAUCUUACUACUGAGCAAAGUGCAGGGAAAAGAGAAGGUCCUCCAGGUGGUGCUUGUGUUCUCCAGCAGCAGGUAGGUAACAUUACAUUGGGUUCCCGCAGCACUUUACCUGAUGACAGCAGUGAAAUGUUACACAGAAAGCUGCUGUCUGAAGUGGAGAGAAUCAGAAGCCUUGAAGCUGAAUCUAAAAGCAAAGCAACACCAACUGGUCAGUUUUUCACACCAACUUUUAAAGAGCUAUCAGAAGGAAAGCCAAGUGGUGUCAGAGUAAAUAUGGCUGGCAUGCCUUGGACGGGAGCAUUUUCAGCAGGUGUUGAGGCUGCACACAGAGAACAAGACCUCUGGUCAUCAGGGAACCAAACAGGGAUUGAAGGGUCCUACUUGGGUUUCCUUCCACAGUCUCAAUCCACUCCAGGAGUUUUCAUGGCCCCACCUAAAUCCAGUGUCAAAGUUAAAUUAGGACAGCUUUCAGCCAUAGCAUCUGAUAAAGAGAACUCCUAUCAGUCAAGCACAGGAGCUGCUCCACAGCUACCUAAUGCCCAUCUCCCAGACAUACCCAAGCAGUGCCAAGAAGAUGCUCUGCAGACCUCUGCAGAAGUCCAGAGUCUCCCAAGUCUCAACUAUAUGCAGAAAGUAGAUGCUUGGAGGGCAAAUCAUAGUUCAGGGAACAGUCCGUUAUUUGACAGUCUGGCACUGCAAGAAUUUCCUGGCAUGUGUCCUGAAAAGAAAGCUGUUGAUGCUGCUUCUGACACCCUGAAUCAUGUCCUUACUCAGCCAUCCAGGAGUUUACAACAGUCUCCUGUUUCUGGUGCUGCCAACAAGGAUGUAGCACAGAGCUCCUCCACAGCUCCCUCUGGUUCCUCAUCUUCAAGAAGGGGUGAAGCAGUGGGCAGCGCACCUAGCGACAAGGAUACCAGAGGGCCUGCAGCACAUCCCUCUGCCUCACCCUUCGGCAGGUCUCAGUCACCCUCAUCCUUCGAUACUGUUGUAAUGUCGGUCCACAAACAUCAGCAAACCGAUAUGCUUCCAGAAAAAAAGAAGAGCGAGAGUCAGAAUGAUGCUCUCCAUCGUUCAGGGACCACAGUUCAACUCUCACCUUUCGCAAGCCUUGGUCACUUCAGCGAUGUGUCACUCGAUCAAGAUUUAACACUUUCAAGUUCCCAAGAUAGUUACAGUGGAGUUAAAGUAGGAGCUUCCUUAGGAGCAUCCUCUGUUGUCAGUCUGGAGUUGGAUAAUUAUGCUCCUUACUGGACUCUGAAACCAUCAACACCACCUCCUCUUCCAAAGCUCAGAAAGUUCAGUAUCGAUGAACAAAUUCCGUUGUACCUCCGUAACCUGGGUAUAAACCAAUCUCCCUCAACAAUCCUGACUCCAUUUGCACCCAAAGGCCCCAUUCGAGAGCCUGAAUUCUCACCUACUGACCUCCGUACAAUCAAAGGAUCUACUGGAACCACUCCGAAAAGUACUCAACCCUCUGAGGGAGGCAGUCCCCAUAAAGAAGACUUCUCCAGAUCCAGCAUUCUGUCAGUCGACUCCAGUGUUUCUGUACCAUUUAGCCUGGACAGUCUUGGUCCUGUUGCAUUGAUCCCAGAACAAACCAGAGGGAAAUCUUCACCAUCAGAUACAGAAGCAGCCUGCAGUGAAGUCAUGGCAACCGGCUCCCAGUCCAGUAAAGGCAACUGUUCCUUCAUACUGCAACCCAGACAGCAGGACACCAGGCAGGAAAUCAACAAGUCUCACUCCGAUGCUUCAGCAAGUUACAAAGAAAGAAACCCUGAGUUACUUUUGCAAAGCAGUCGCAGUCAAGGUGCAGAGGAUUCUUUUGUUAGCGCCAAUGCCUUGUUAGAUAUCCGUACACUCCUCUCUCACGCAGAGAACAUGAUAUCUGAUGGUUCUUCUGCAGCAUCACAUCGUCUCUCUGAUGAAGAUUUAUUCCUCUCACCCCAAAUGAAAACCAGCAGGCUCCAAGACUCCUCACAGCCCUCCACUUCUACAAACGAAGACCACAAAACUCGUUUGUUGUCGCCGUGGACCAGGUCUUCGUCAGACUCCAUGCUUUCUUCUGAGAAACCGAGGCAAAGAUCAGUUGGUCAAGAAAGUAUACCCGCAGCUUGGCAAACUGAUCAACCAUCCCCACAAGCUCUUAUGACCACACCUGCCUCUGUAGCAUACAAAACAACCCAAGAUACUGCUGUUGGUAGCACUGUGGUCCUCUCUAAAUCAGCCCGGCGGACAGAGCCUGAGGGCUGCAGUGCUGCGCCUCCUGAUAAAGUCCCAACACAACCUUUAUCCGCUGUAAGUAUACAGCAACUCUCCUCUGCUCCUGCAGAUGGAGGAGGCGUCCCAGAGGAGGAAGAAAAGCCUCCAUCUAGAGAUCCUGCACAGAGUCACCCUUCCUCACCCAUCCCUGAAGAUACUGAUCAAGGAGUGAUGAGUGAUGGGAGCAGUGAAAGUUCACUGGCUGUACGAGUGGCCAAGUUGCUGCAUAAUGAAUCUCCAGCGACUGAGGUGUCGAGUACACCCAGCACGACGGGCCAGGAGGAGAGUAAAGCCAGAGAGUGGAUCAAGUUAUCUGAUCUUAUCAAGAUAUCUGAGCAGCAGUAUGAGCCUCUGGAGUUAGACAUACAGGACAGAAAACGGAUUGAAGAAAUAAAGAAAGACCUGCUGUUAAGAAGUCCAUUCAAGAGUCAAGAAAGCACAGAGACACAGAGCAGUGCAGCAUCCAGUGUCAAGAACUUUGACCACAAUCCAGUUCAGUCUGCAGAGGCGGUUUCAGUCCUCAGUGAAGCUAAAAGCCAACAAGGUGUCUCUACAAACCAAUCUGACUCUAGAGUGCAGACCCAGGAAGCUCUUCAUCCUGAUCUAGAAGCUCGAGUGUGUGAGAUCGCUGCCCGAGAAGGAGUAACCCUUCCUACAAGAACACCUCAGGCUUUCACAUCCAUCAGCACCACUACCAAUAGGCAGUCUCCUGCCCCCUCGCCUUCCACUUCACCUGUACCUCCCCACAGUCCAGCCACAGACCCACUUCACCUGACAGAACUCUCCACAGGAGCAGUUAGAUCUAUAGUAGCCAAUACACAGCCUUCCUCAAAUCUGAAUGAAGAGGAUAAAGUUACAUUCACACAAAGACCAAUCAGAGAACUGCUAUCCGUGUAUAAACCAGGCAAAAGUUUCCAAACCAAAAACCAAACAGCGACUUCUCUUUCAGCACAGAAGAAUCAGAAGAGACAAGACACAGUUGGAGGUCACUGUGAAGCACCUCCCCCACCCUCUCAUGGCUCAGAUAAACAAGAUAAGACCAUCAAACAUGACGGCUCACCCUCUUUCAAACAUCGUGAGAACUUAUCUGUCCAGACCAGCUCUGUUUCAGGCACUGAUCUCAGAUCAGAUCAGUCCGCAGGUCCAACCACUGUCGUAUCUCUUCCCAGGACAGGUCACAUCUCACACAUUCGACUCGCUGUGUCCCCCCAAGCUACCGACCAUAACAUUACCUCCACUGUCCACUCUAGUCACGCUGAUACUGCCUCAGGGUUUCCACGUAAAGAUUUUGUCCCCCUCAGAGACGACUCCUCACCUCCCAGCAGUCUGGAUGAAGGUGUUGGCUCGUCCAGUCCAUUAGAAUGGUACGACACCAGAGAACCAGUGAGACAAAGGGUGCCUGAAAGGUCCAAUUCCUCCACACUGCUUAAAAAUGCUCUACUUCAGGAAAGGAUGACUGCCAGAGCCACAAAGUCCUUAACACAGCGUCAUCGAUCUGACAAACCACCAAGAUCCUUUACAGCUGAAACACCUGUUCCUGUGCUGCUUCCUUAUAAACCUCGUGGCAGUGAGGAGCUCUUCUAUGUCCCUCAGAUAGAAGCUGAUGUCUCCUGCACAGAACUGUCCGACACCACCAUGGAGAGCUCCCACACAGGUUCAGAUGACGCUGUACCUCCUCGGUUUAGCAGUGAGGUGCUUGGCCACCAGGACUCAGGCUUGGACCAUGGAAUCACAUUCAGACAUACAGAGGGCAUCUACAGCAAAAGGCUCAAAACCGCUGCAUUUAAAAUGCAUGAACCUGGAGACAGAGCAGCAAAUAGAAGCUCACCAACUGUGAGUCAAACUCCAAAGACAUCCUCAGCUGCCUUUACCAGGGUGCCUUCACUGAGCAACCAAGAAGUCUCUAAGAGAGACCAGGGGACCAGCCCGGUCCAAUCCUUCCAUUGCAAGCAAACAGAGCCAAGUCCUGAGAAAUUUCAGGAAGUCCAUGUGGAUAUGGUCCAAAUGUCUGUGCGUCAAACGGCAGAGGAGCGAGACCAGAAGGAAACCAGCCUCCAUCAGCUGUGGCAGAGGUUUUGUGAUCAGUGGAGCGUGGAAGAAUCGCAUCCAUCCAGCGACAGAGAUGCUACUCUGUUGGAACGUCUGGAGCGUCUGUCUCGCCUCAUUCACAGCACAAGAACUGCAAAUGUGUCUGAUGUACAAGAACAGGAUCAUCAUCCAGAAUGGAUGCUGGGAAAGAUGCAGGGGAAGAAAGAAAGAAAGGAGGUGUGUAGAGAGGCUAAAAGGAGUGAACAAAGUGCAGUCGCAGAAGGGGAGAGGAAACUCAGAGGUGGUAGACAGACUGAACCACCUAUCCAAGUGAGGCUGCAGACCAUGGAAACUGUAGAGGAUGGCAGCAGGGACUCCCUCUCCUCCAGCCAGAGCCAUCACCUCUCACCAGCAGACGAGUCAGAGAAUUUGUCCACCACAUCUAGCUCCAUGUCCACCAUUGAUACAGCACGGCUGAUCCGAGCCUUCGGUGCCCACAAAGUCCAGCACCUGAAGAGCAGCUCCAGCCUCAGGAAACUGUACAGCACCAUAGACAAGCAGAAAGAAGGGAAGGAACGGUGGAGAGGAAGACACAAAGACCCUCGUCAUCUUAUUACACCAUCAGAGACUCCUGGCACUGUUGAAUCAGUUGCUCCUGAUUCGGCAUCAACAACCAGCACAAACACCCCGACAUCACACCGUGGCCCCUCCAGGUCUCUGACCAAGAAGGUCAACAAAAGCAUCCAGGCAGGUGACCUUGAAAUUGUUCGGAAUGGGACUCGACGACACACCAGAGAUGUUGGAAUCACAUUCCCUUCACCCGGUGAAGCCAGAGCUUCUGGGCAGAUCUCCUCAUCUUCAUCCAGCACAGUGAGAGAAAGAGGACAGAAGAGCCCCUCUAAAUCUCAGGGUGUCCAGAAACGGAGGAAGAACAAGAAGAGCCCUUCAAAGCCUUAUCCUGAAGGUGUUUCAUGGUUCAUCUCAGCUGACGACCUGAGGUCAGAGGCGAGGAAGGAGAACCAGCCAGAGGACUCGUAUGCUUGGAGGCCGAGCACGGUUUGGUUUGAACAGUACAGCAGAGUCAGUCCAUGGAGAGAGCCGCUCAGACUGAGACAAGUCCACGAAGACAAAAGCAAAGAGUCCAGUUUUAAACAUCAAGCUGAACCUGAUCCAGAUCCUAGAGUUAAAACACUUUCCUCUGGUAUGGCACUUGUCUCUCUGCAGGAGGCUCUGCAGAUGCAUCGGCCAGAGUUUGUUUCCCGGUCCAGGCAGAGGUUGAGGCGUCUGGCUCUGCAGGCGGAGGAGAGGAAGUUACAGGCUGCCUUCAGCAGAGAAAGAGGCGUGUUGUUCAAUCAGCCAGGGGGACCAACGAGGCUGCCAAAGCCUGCAGGCACUGCUCUGUUGAGGAAGGCUGUUCCUAAGAAGGAGAUGAUCCAGAGGUCCAAACAAAUAUACGAGAAUCUGCCAGAGGUGCGAAGGAGGAGAGAGGAGGAACGAAGAAAAGCUGAUUAUCAGUCUUACAGACUGAACGCUGAGCUCUACAGCAAGACAAUCACUAACAGAGUCCUGGGCAGAAGAACAGCAUGGCAGUGAUCGACCACAUGAGUUCAACUUUGUGCUGUAGAUACAGUCGAUGAUGUCAAGAUCUUUUUCAAAUAAUUUUAAUACAGAACAAACCUGUGCAUUUUAACAAAAAAUGAUCUGUUAUUUAUUUUAAACUGACUUUUCUUUUUUUAAAGUUGCAUUGAAAAAUAGAAUUAGACAAAUAGAAACAUCACUGACAUUUUUA